GUUGAGCAUCAAACGCUUCACUUAUUGUGUGGAAGUGGCUGGAAACGGACGUAUUCGGUGUAGUAAUGGCGGAUAACUCUGCAGCAAACGGCGACUUAAACCGUAAUAACAAUAUCAGUGGUACCGAUUGCAUGAGUGAUACAAACAGUGCCAAUGUGAAGUCUGAAGGAGACAUGGAAACGCAGAUUCCGCCCGAGAAAGCUGGCGAAUAUGUUCGUGAACUGCUGCAAGAAAAACAGAGCUUGGAUUCCUCGCAGUGGCCAAACGCUCUUCGUCUACUGGAUCAAGAGGUGACGAAAGAGGUGGCCCGCGUGCAGGCGCAAGGUCGUCCCCUGCCCCGAGAGAGCAAGUAUGUGGACAUUUACCGCGAGAAGCCCAUCCGCGUCGCAGUCAAGGUGCUCGUGCCCAUCAAGGAGCAUCCAAAGUUCAACUUCGUUGGAAAACUUUUAGGACCAAAGGGCAACUCUAUGAAGAGACUACAAGAAGAUACGAUGACGAAAAUGGCGGUUCUUGGGCGAGGCUCCAUGAAAGACAAGCAAAAAGAAGAGGAGCUUCGCGCGUCGAAGGACCCAAAGUAUGCUCACCUGAGCGAUGACCUGCACGUGGAGAUAGCGGCGUUCGCGCCCCCCGCCGAGGCGCACGCCCGCAUAGCGUACGCCCUGGCAGAGCUGCGCAAGUACCUCAUCCCUGACUCGAACGACGAGAUCCGGCAGGAGCAGAUGCGCGAGAUGGAGCUCAUCCAGACCGUGUCCGGCGAGCCGGGCGUGCGCGUCCAAGACGCCGCCGCCGCCGCAGCCGCCGCCGCCGCAGGACGGAAGGUACUGUUGCCUAGUCAACCCCUGCUGGGCGGCAGCCCGUACCAAGCGAAACAGGGUUUAGCCGCGCAGGACGCUGCCGCAGCCGCCGCCGCCGCCGCCGCUGGACGCAACCAUAACCCUGUUCCGCGCGGCCGAGCCCUGCCGCUGCGCAGCGCGGUGGCGGGCAGCGGGGUGCCAGCAGGCCCUCCGCCGCCCCCGCGCGGUCGCGGACUGCUGGGACCGCCCCCGCCUCCGCCACCGGGCGCAGUGCGUGGCCCUCCCGGCGGCCUCCGCAAGCCGGCGCCACCACUGCCGCCCCCACCGCCCCCGCAGGCUCUGCUGCCGCGCCCCACGCCCACCAAGACCAAGGUUCUCAGCAUACUGGACCGCGCGCGCGCUGCCAUGGAGGAGACCGGGUACGGCGGCGCAGGCGACGAGGAAAGAGCUGCCGCAGGGACCUUCUACGACACCGCCGCCUACGACUCGUACGCUGCUACGGGGUACAGCGGCUAUGAGGACUACGAGGAGGGCGGCGGCGACUAUUACGACGCGGCAGCUGCCUACCCAGGCACAUCUAUGCCAGAGGCGGGUACCAUCUCUUCAUCAGCAAACGACGGUGCCCCCAGGCCACGGAGGCAGGCUGCACGACUCCGCCAGCCGCUGGAAGGCCUUCAAGAGCAGCACUGUGGCCGGGGUGAGCACGGACCGGCCGCGCUACCGCCCCACUCCGUAUGCGCGCCCAGCCAAGUAAUGAGCGCGACGGCAGCGGCGGCUGCUGCGGCGGCGGCAGCGGCGGCGGCGGCCCGCCCCCACCAUCACCACCACCAUCACCACCACCACCAGCAUGUCCACCAGCAGCAGCAACAGCAGCUGCUGCACCUGCACCACCACAGCCACCACCUGCAGCAGCGGCAGCGGCACCCGACCCAGUAGCAGAGGCCGGCGCUGCCAGUGAGUGCCGCAGCAUUGCCUAACCAGUAUAGCCUAGCGCGGGCCGCCUACUGACUCCAUAACCAAAACACGGAUACUGUACCAAUUACAGACGCUCGCUCUCACCCGAGAAGAUAGAAAAGUGGAGCGAAGCUUGGUGUCAAUUCGAGUUUAAGAAAAAACAUUAAUCUAGUCCUAUUCUUUGGACAAGAAGAAUAGGGAUGUCUACACCAUGUACAGUAAUUUGGUGUUAAUCGUUAAAACAGGUUAACGACAGAUGUAUUUAGUCUAUCCUUUGCAUUAGUAUCGAUUGGUUCGACAUUCAUUCAUUUAUUUAGUUGAACGUGAAGAGUCGCAUAAAUGUUUUUCCAUUGUAUAUGUGCUUCACAUUUUGACUAUCUCUCGUGUUCUGACAUAAAAUUCUGUUUGAACCAGGACAUUAACAUACAAUUGAUUUUCCUUAAAUUAAUUAGUAGCUCUGUUCUUGCAAAAUGGUGUGUAAUAUUUCAUUCAUUUGUCUCCCAUAUUAACAUUAUUCAUGUUGGUAAUACCAAAAUUCAGAAUAUUAUUUCACACACCAUAGUGCGAGAGGAAAAGCUAAAAUUUUAUUUGAGCUGUAAAUUUUGUAUGUUAAUGAAGUGUGCAGUUACAUGUCAGAAUAUGGGCAAUAGACUCAAAUAAAACAUUUAUGUGACAGGUUGUACUGGGAUAGAUUAUUCCACUAGUACACUACACGGAGUUGUUUCACGAUAGAGAAUGUGGCUCAGCAUAAAUUUUAGUACACUUCUGUCUCACCCUAGCUACUCCGUCCUCCUGUAUUCGACAAGGCUGGAUCAGAAUUAAAAACGUGACACAUCUCUUUAUAAUCAUUUUGAACUAAAAUUUUGCAAAUUUUAGUUUUACGUUUUUUGUUUUCUAAUUGUACUGGGCUAAAACACUUAUAGCUCCUAGUGUAGAUGGUGUAUGGUACUGCAUGAAAUAUGUAGAUGUUUAUAAAUGUGUUCAAUGUGCAACACUUGACUGUAAUUGUUUUGUGAGCAUCGGCAGUGGGAAUUAGUUUUGUCGAAGCACAUAUACAAUUCACAGUACUGAAUAUUAGAAGUAAACAUAGUAUUCUUGUCACAUUUACUGUAACAUGUGUUAGUUGAAGUCAACCAGUAUUUAGUAAUUUUCUUCAUAUUAUGAUAGACCUAAAAUACUACUAGUAUUUUAUGGUAGUGCUGUAAUCUUUUCGUUUCUAAAUCAGACAUCAUGUAAAAGCCAAUGUAAAUCCUAUACUUUUGUGGACAGCGUUUACUUUCAGAUUUGGUUUCACAUGCUUCACACAACUACAGAACUUACAUACAAUUAUAUGUAUAUAUCGCAUUUUUGUGGCCAGUGGUGUGUACUAAGAAUUUGGAAUGGAAACUAUUGUGGGAUUUUAUGUGUGUUCUUGAAAGAAUCUGGUUGAAAUACCAUUGGAUACAGGGUUACUUCACAGCAGUUGUUUGAAAGUAGCAUUCAAUGGGAUGACAAUCAGAACACGUGUGGCACUAAAUGUUUGCCAUGGUACCUAUAUUUUGGUUUGUGGCUGAUGGUGUCUUGACUGAAUUGGUAUUACUAAAGUGGUCCAAUCUAUAUUAACCCACUCUUGGGCUUUAUUCUUACGAAUAAUCUGUUGAUAUCAAAAUGUGUAGAUUUAGCUACUUCACAUCUCACUAUUUAAAUUUUCUGAGAAGCCCGUUGUCUAGGAAACAUUGUUCAAAUGAAAUAUAUAUAAAUAUAUUUUCAUGUGUACUGAUUUUAUUGGAGAAUUAAAUACAUUUGUGAAUGAUUUUUAUUUAAAGUAGGCCUAAAUCGCACAGUAUGUAGCUCAGGUUGCUGCAAUAUAUUUUUACAAGCAGAUCAUCUGAAAUACCUAUCCAGUAAUUCAAUAAUUUAGAAUUUGUGCAAAUGACUUGAAAACUGUAUCUAAAACAAACAUUGUAAAUAUAACCCCAAAUGUUUUGAGGCUGUCAAUAUUGAUGACUAAAAAGGGGCAGGAAAGAAUUUUUAAUCACUAAAGUAGAUAUCUGCGUAGACGGAAAGCCUUUACCUAAAGGGCAGUGAAUAAAUUGUUAUGACUGGUGUCCUUAUUACUUUAUUGUCCAUACGACAAAGCAGCCUAAGUCUUGAAUUUUUGUGUGUGAUGCAAAAUACUGUAGUGUAUUCUCCUUAGCUUCUGAAAUGUUUUAGAUAUUUUAAAUCUCAGAAAUCAUACUGUAAUUAAAGAUAAUUAGUGUCUGAUAAGUAAAAAGGCUGAGUCAUCUAUGGUCAUGUUUGCAGGAUAAUGGAACAUGUGGUAUGUUUAGAGCCAAGUGGUGUUCUUGGACAAGAACUUUUUAAUAGCCUUUAAAAGUUAGUGGUGUGUAGUACAUUAUAAAAGAAGCAUUUAAAAUGUUCUAAUUUAGUUUUAUUUUUCUUUCAAUAAUCUUAAAUUAAUUUCUUUAAAGUAAUGUUGUUAGUAGUUUUGUGAAAUGUUUAAAAAGGAUGUUACACGUAGCAUUAAAAUAUAAACUUGUAAAAGAAACACAAAAAUAUUACAUGAGCAGUUUUCAUUAGAUGUAAAAGUUAUGGUUAAAAUUGUAUGUUUUUUCAAUGAAGA